UUAAAUGUAUCGCAAUCGGAUAGAUGAAUGAAUAAAAUAAUUUAGUGACAAAUUAUAAUCAUAUAACAUUAAAAGUUGUUUGUGUGAAUAUUUGUUUAAUAUCGUGUAAAUUUUAUUUACGUGUCGAAAUAUAAGCUGGCAUUUGUCGAAGUAGACAGUAAAAGCUUUGGGUGUUGCCCCAAAUAAUAGAUACAUUUUGCAUUAUAUUAAGUUAAUGUAAAUUCAAAUCAAAAAAAUUUGUAUAUAAGAUGGCGGAGGGAAAUACUGGAACUAGUGCUGAGGGUGCUGCCGCCUUGGCUGCCCCACAUCCUAACGCCGAAGUUAUAAGGGGGCAAAUAUUUGAAGUCGGCCCAAGAUAUAGGAAAUUGACAUAUAUCGGUGAAGGCGCAUAUGGCAUGGUGGUAUCUGCUGAUGACACGUUGACGAACCAAAGAGUUGCUAUUAAAAAAAUUUCUCCGUUUGAGCACCAGACGUAUUGUCAACGAACUCUAAGGGAGAUAACCAUUUUAACCAGAUUUAAACACGAAAAUAUUAUUGAUAUACGCGACAUCUUGCGAGUAGAUAGCAUAGAACAAAUGAGGGAUGUAUAUAUUGUACAAUGCUUAAUGGAGACUGAUCUGUAUAAACUACUUAAAACGCAGAGGCUGAGUAACGAUCACAUCUGUUACUUUCUGUAUCAAAUAUUGCGUGGUUUAAAGUAUAUCCAUUCGGCAAACGUUUUACAUCGAGACCUAAAGCCGAGCAAUCUUUUGCUAAAUAAGACAUGCGAUUUAAAAAUUUGUGACUUUGGUUUAGCCCGUAUUGCUGACCCAGAGCACGACCACACUGGUUUCCUUACAGAAUAUGUAGCAACUAGGUGGUACCGGGCACCGGAAAUAAUGCUUAAUUCAAAAGGGUAUACAAAAUCAAUUGAUAUCUGGUCAGUUGGGUGCAUUUUGGCUGAAAUGCUAAGCAACCGACCCAUCUUUCCUGGAAAACAUUAUUUAGAUCAACUCAACCAUAUUCUUGGCGUGCUAGGAUCCCCAUCACAGGAAGACUUAGAAUGUAUUAUUAAUGAAAAGGCACGGAAUUAUUUAGAAUCUUUGCCUUUUAAGCCAAAUGUGCCAUGGUCGAGGUUAUUCCCCAAUGCAGACGCUUUGGCGUUGGAUUUACUUGGUAAGAUGCUGACGUUCAACCCGCACAAACGAAUUCCAGUAGAGGAAGCUCUUGCACAUCCAUAUUUAGAGCAGUAUUAUGAUCCUGGCGAUGAGCCUGUUGCAGAAGUACCAUUUCGCAUUAAUAUGGAAAAUGAUGAUAUAUCUAGAGACGCUUUGAAAUCGUUAAUUUUUGAAGAAACGUUAAAAUUUAAAGAACGACAACCAGAACAGGCUCUAUAAAACAAUUAUCAAAAAAUAAAAAUUUA